GAACAAAUCACAAAAAUCAUAAUAGGCCUUGAAAAUAUUUUCCCACAGAAUCCACAAGGCUGCCAAAUAGGUAUUCUUGAUUUUUAUACAAUAAGUUUAACUUAUAAUUUAAACAAAAGAACAACCUUUUGUACCGUGAUUCUCAGCUGAUCAACCCAAUCUGGCCAGACUAAUUGAUAAUCUGGUAUUAUAUAAUUGGUAGUAUUUAUCGAUAGUGGUGGAAAAGCUCCAUUUCCGUCAAGCUGCCGCUUCCGUUCCUUUUCUUUUUGCACUUCGAACGAGGUUGGUUGAAAUUCCUGGAAAUUUUGGUAAAUAACUCCGCAGACACGAUGAGACCGCCGGGCGCUAUUCCGCAGGAUUAUAUCAACGAUCCGGAGUUUGAGGUUGAAGAGAUUCUUGACAAGCGCCUAUUUGGAGGCAAUAUCCAAUACAAAGUGAAGUGGAUGGGCUACAGCCUUGAUGCAGCCACGUGGGAGCCCAUGCAAGGUUUGAACAAGUGCUACGGCACGUUGGCCAAGUUUGAAGCGACUUUUCAUGGCAGAAUGUUGGAGAGGUUGGACGAAUUGGAACGCAUUAUUGAGAACAAUAAAAAACAAAUUAUUGAACUCAUUGAAAAACAAUCCAGUGAGCGAAAAUUGCCACCGAUCGAUGGGGUCGGGAUAAAGCAGGUGCCCCCGAAAGUGCCGCCCUCACCCAAAGAGAAUAGAAAUCGCGAGCACGUGGAGAAAUAUACCAAUGGACACCAAAGCCAUCUGCGAAAUGGCAAAGAACGCAAGCACAAGAAGUCCGAUGAAAAUGAACAAAAGUCCCAGUUCAAGGGGGUGAAGAUUAAGAACAUCAAAAAAAAUAAAUCGUCAUCGAAAAAACAAAUAAAGCACUUGCUUUUGUCGCCACUCGCUCCGAAGUCCCCUCCUAGGAAGAAGAAAUCUCUAGAAACUUCGGCUGACUCAGAAUCCCACUAUGCCGAAAAGAAGAAAAGCUCCAAGUCCAAGGACCGCGCGAACCUCCAAUAUAGCGCAGAUGACGAAGCGGAACAAAACCCAGUGGAGCCCUCUUCCAGCAAGGAUCACAAAAAGUCAAGUCGCAAGGACAAGGAAAAGUCCAAGCCACAAUUCCCAGGUGUUCGCAUGAAGUAUAGUUUAAACACAAAUACUUCUUCAAAAAACAAACUCGGAGACACCAAGGCCAGUCCCCCAGGGGUGUCGGAGAAGCGCAACUUGGAGCGUCGUAACAAGAAGGAUAAGGAUCACGCAAAGAAGCGUAAAGACGAGAAGUCUCGUCGCAAAAUGGACUCUGACAAGAAAGGAUCAAAGAUCAAGGAAGGUACUCCACCAUUCGACACUGAAUCGGAAUUGGACCGAGAAUUUAUGGAUAUGUUGUUUGGCGCCGAAGAAACGGUGGAGGAGGAGGUUGGCGCCAGUUCUCCAGACCCCGAGGAGAUGGUCCUUCACCAAUUUUACUAA